UCUCUCUCUCUCUCUCUCUCUCAUCAAUGGAGCUUCAGCGUAUCCUCUCUUACAUCUUCUUCCUACUUUUCCUAUUAACAAUCUCUGGAGAAUCAGUAUGGGGGAACGAAGAAAAUCAAGGAAUGAAGACAGUGAAUUGUCAAAAAAGCAGCGGAUUUCGGCCGACGAAGCUUUUUGUGUUCGGAGAUUCGUAUGCUGACACCGGAAACAACCCGAAAUCGCUGGCGAGCUCAUGGAAAACCCCUUACGGUCUAACUUUCCCUGGAAAACCCGCCGGAAGAUACUCCGACGGCCGUGUACUCACCGAUUACCUCGCUAGGUUCAUGGGAAUCAAAUCUCCAUUACCAUACCAAUGGAGAAAAUACGCGCCAACCAAACUCCGGAGUGGAGUAAACUUCGCCUACGGUGGAACCGGAGUGUUUGACACCGGCAAUUUUCAGCCAAACAUGAGCACACAGAUUGGAUUCCUUGAAGGACUAAUUGAAGAAUCAGUUUACGCAAAAUGGGAUUUGAAAUCUGCGUUGGCUCUUGUCACCGUUUCCGGCAACGACUACGCUGCUUACACCUCUUCCGGUGGUUCUGACCAGGGUUUGCCUACAUUUAUCACAAGUGUUGUCAAUCAAAUAUCAAUAAACUUGAAACGAAUUCACGACAUUGGUAUACGACGAGUGGUGGUUGGUGGCUUACAACCUCUAGGCUGCCUCCCACAAAUCACAGUCUCAUCAUCAUACAAUCAAUGCAACGACACACAAAAUUUAGCUGUCAAUUUCCACAACCAACUGUUGCAACAAGUCGUAGAAACACUCAACAACAACACCAAUAGUUCGGCUUUUCUCAUUCUUGAUCUUUUUAGCUCCUUCAACACAGUCCUAAAAAACAAAGGAGAAUUCACAGGGAGCUUGAGGUUUGAUACUCCAUUGAAGCCAUGUUGUGUAGCCACGACAAGCGAAUCAAACUGUGGAAGUUUAGAUGAAAAUGGAAAACAACUUUAUACUGUCUGUAGUAAACCUGAGGGCACGUUCUUCUGGGAUACGGUGCAUCCAACACAGGCCGGAUGGCGUGCGGUUUAUUUGACACUUAGAGGAUGA